AGACACCCAGCUAGAGCAGGAAAAAUUGUGGAGCCUGGCUGGUUUACUUGGCAGCUAUGAUAAGUUUGUUAGAAAGCCAGGGUUUGAUCUCAAUAAUGCAAAUAUAGCAGAUCUAGAGACCAUUGCCUCUAAGCGUAAUGGAAAUCAACUGGCUAUGUGUGAAGCUUUAAGGAAAUGGGAAAAUGUCAUCCAUGACUUCACUUACAGGUCGUUGUUGGAGAUUUUGAUUAGUCUUCGUGAAGGAGCUUUGGCUGACCAAGUGUGUAGGACUUUCAUCCAGACACAAGCCAGUGAGCUGAAUAAAGAAGACGCUGUGUCCUUGUCACCUGCACCACGUCGGACACGGCCACCGAUUCGUGACACAGUGAAACCAAAUUCCUUGGCGACAGGCACUAGAACUGCUGACCGAAUAAAAAGAUUUGAGAUGCGGUUCAUUAAUCUACGAAAGAGAGCUCUCAAAGAGGUAACUGAGAAUGGAGUAACUGUGACUGAGUUUCGCCAAACACUCAUGACGUUACCAAGCCCUAUCACAAAUGAAAACGAAGAUUUCAUCAAAUCAAAAUAUCCUUUGUUUGAAGACGCUAAAUCGGUCGAAAGCAUCUUUCUGCAUCUCAAUUUCUACCUAAGCUUUAUCGAUUUCAGCCUUCUUGAGCAUAUCAUAGAGCAAUUUGGUAGUGAUAGUCUGAAACGAGACAUGAGCAGCUAUGCAGAAGACAUGGGACACUUCAGAAUGAACACCCCCGUUAGCGAAGCACUUGACCAUCUACCGAGAAAUUCAGAUCCUCCUGCUGGUUACUCUCGUCUAAAAGCGAAAUUAGAUUUUGAUGUUAAAACUGCAACUCUUGAAGAUGUAGACACGUACAGGAAACGUUUUGCUAGUGAUUUCUUGCUCUCCCAGCUAGCCCUUUCUUUGUUUGACCUCCAGGAGAGCUCACUACUGUUUACAUGGCUAGUGCCUGCUGCUGUAGGAGCAAUGAUCAGUGAUCAAGUGCAGAAGAAAAGUUCUUCUUUCUUUUUAAGCAACAAUAUUCUUAAGCUAUCACUCGAAGGAGAAUGUCUCUACCCAAUGGUAAAGGUUAGUCAGUCAGGUACAGAGGGAUCUGGUGGUGCUAUGAUUGAAGCUGGAGCUUCGAUCACUCGUAAACCACAUCAAAGGAUAGCGGAGCGAAUCAACCUCGGACCUCAUCAUCGUGGACUGGCUAUUGUUGUACCACUCCGUCUGUUGUUGGACCUAACGGACGUGCUCACGAGGAUAUUGGGAUUUGCUGUUUACAAUCCUCAAGAUGAACGAUUCCUAAAGUCAUACAUGCAAGCUGUAGAUCUGGAGCUGAAACACCAUCCCAUAUUAGUGGUGGUAUCUGGAGAUGGAAGGGUGGCACACAUCGUAGAGGACAAACUGGCAAACCCUUUUAUGUCUGUGCAAAAGAUUUUCACUUCAAUUAGCGACCAGCUCAGCUUCCUUACCAUUACUGUGAUCGACCGUCUCAAGGAGCCAGUCUACUUGCAUCCUCGUGGAUCUAAGCUAAUUGGAACUCACAGCAUAUCACAAGAAUCAUCCGAGGAGUCCGAUACUCUAUCACAUUUAGGUGGACUAUCAACCGCUGAACAAUCGCAUCUACUGGAACAACCAACUGAGAAGCUCAAGACUGAAGUAUCACCCGAGUCGAGUGAGAAACUCGAAAUUGAUGAGGACUUAUAGUGGUUACCUUAUUAUUAUAUACAACGCACCUGUAUAAUCAUGUGUAAUUCUGUUCGAGCAAAUUCUUUAUAUUUUUUUGUACAAAUUGCAAGUAAUUAUUGAAACAGCACAUGAGAUCAAAUGACAAAA